AUGUCGAAGGUAGUGAGGAGCGUCAAGAAUGUCACCAAGGGCUAUUCUGCCGUCGAGGUGAAGGUUCGCAAUGCGACCAGCAACGAUCCGUGGGGCCCGGUGGGCUCCGAUAUGGCCGAGAUAGCUCAGAUCACCUUCAACAACUCGACCGACUUCUAUCAAGUCAUGGAUAUGCUUGACAAGCGGCUCAAUGACAAGGGGAAGAACUGGCGCCACGUGCUCAAGUCCCUCAAGGUCCUUGACUACUGCUUGCACGAAGGCUCCGAAUUAGUCGUCACGUGGGCGCGGAAGAAUAUCUAUAUCAUCAAGACUCUGCGCGAGUUCCAGUACAUUGAUGAAGACGGUCGGGAUGUGGGCCAGAACAUCCGUAUCGCCGCCAAAGAGCUUACUUCGCUAGUCAUGGAUGAAGAACGUCUACGCGCAGAACGGCAGGACCGAAAGUCGUGGAAGUCUCGCGUAACCGGCAUCGAAGAGUACGGCGGAGGCAACCAACACCAUGGUGGACCAGCUUCCGAUAAUCAAGGACGUCGUCGCGAAGGUCGUCAGCGACGUGACAACGAUGAUGACCUAGAAUUUCGGUUGGCACUAGAAGCGAGCAAAAACGAGGCAGAAGAGGAGCGCAAGCGGCGCGAACGCAACAAUGUUACCGUCGACGACGACGACGAUCUCGCAAAGGCCAUCAAGCUCAGCAAGGAGGAGGAAGAGCUGCGGCGGAAGGAGCUCGAAUCGAGCAAUGCAGACCUGUUGUUUGGCGAUGUUCCAGCUCAGCCCACAGCGUACCAGCCCACGGGCAAUAACCAGGGUUACCAACAGCAAGGCGCAGUUGACUGGUUUGGAAACCUGAUGGACCAAAACCCGCAGCAACAACCUCAAAGUACGGGCUUCCUCAACAACGCAUAUGCCCAGCCCACGGGCAUGCAGCCUCAGCAGACCGCUUUCCAGACUGGUUAUGGAGGUUACAAUGGUCUCCCACAGCAGCAGCCAAACUACGAUGCUUUUAAUCAGCAACAGCAACAGCAGCAGUUCUUGCAGCCUCAGCAGACCGCCUUUAGCCAGAACAACCCUUACGGUCAGAUGAACAAUGGCUUUGGGCAGCAGCAACAAGACCAGAGCACCCUGCAGCCUGGUAGCCACAACCCCUGGGCGACCAACAAGCCUCAAGAGUCACUUGUUCCGCAACCUACAGGGUCAAACAACCCCUUCGCACAAUCGUUCAACCGACCGCAGACCGCGCAACCGCAAACGCAGAGGCAACCGACACUCAACACACUCUAUGAACAGAAGACACAAUCGCAAUUCAACAACACGAACUUCAACCCUCCCGUAUCAUUCUCGCCACCAGCCCAACAACCUCAAAAGGAGAUGGAUCCGAAUGCAGCAAGGCUCAACGCCCUGCUUGCAACGGGAGAAGGGCAGGACACCUUUGGAAACGUAGGAAACCUUCGCAUUCCGGCACAACAUACGGCUCCGGGAACGUUCGUCAAUUCGGCCGGCGCCGGUUUGAACCAGGUCAACACCAACGCCACAGGCAACAAUCCUUUCCUCAACUCUCAAUUCACAGGUUUGCCGCAACAGAACCGCAUGAUGCCGGCCCAAACGGGACCUGCUGGAGGAUUUGGAGCCAACCCCUACGGCAGCUCCAACCCCUUUGGCCAGGGCAACAGGCAGCAAGGGGGCGCUGGUGCCGGCCCUUUGAUAGACUUAUAG